AUGGCCACGAAUUUUUGUUGUUUUAAAAGCCAGAACCACUCCUCAUCAAUCCAUUCAUCUAGCCCUCCAAGAACUUCCCAAACUACCUCCAUCAUGCGCUACUUCAAGAACCUCAUUGUUAUGGCCAUGGUGGCUUUCGCUGAAUGGGGCGCUGGACAUCCGACUGUCCACACUAAUUUAACCGUCGUUGAUUCGACACACUCCGCCGAUCCGCGCGUUACUCCUAUGGACGAUGAAGUAGCCCGUCAUCAAGCCCUCGGACAACGGCACCCGGAUUGGAACAUCAAGCUGAUCGAUGCCAUAGAGAUGUUCGGCGGCUGGCCUGAGGCCAACAAGUUCUGCCAUCGCAAAUGGAAUGGGUGGGCCGGCAUCCACCUUGAAUCGACAACUCUUAAGGAGUACUGCAAGACCAAACGUGUCAUGAUGGAUUGGCUUGACAAGCACCUCAUCCGCAUUUGCGUGCUCAAGCAGGUACAGAAGACGCAUGAGCCCAACGUCGCUCCUCGUAUGAAGAAGUGGUUGCUGGAGCCAUUAUUCCCUGGCGGCCGAGUGUACAAGUGCAAUCCCAUGUUGGAGUCCGGGAUCGUCGCAGAGGACGAGACAUUUGCGGGCAUCACGAUUGGCCGCCCUGCGCCCCUUCCGAUCCCCUGCUCCAAAUUUCCAUACGUUGAAGCCAAAGUCUUGACCCCGGGUGUCGACGAGGUGGACGAUGCCGUUGGGGUUGCCGCUGGCGCCGGCGCCGGCGAUAACCAGGCCUCGGUGCGGACCUGA